UGUUUUUAAGUCCGGAGUGAGAGAUCUUCUCUAACAGACGAUCUCUGGACAGAGUGCGUGUUUGUGUGCGUGAGGCUGUCGUAGAAGUGAGACCUGAGACGUCACAGCCUGCCGUUGGUCCAGUUCAGCUGGUUUGAUCCACCGGUUCGCCCCGCGGACACACGGAACCGAGGCUGUUAUUCCGUCAGGACCUCCCAGGUCACACAACUGUCUGAACCGAGAUACUUUCUGACCGAGUUAAGCCGAGAGAUCCCGAACCGAGGCGGGACCGCUGUCGUUAACGUUGGUGACGUCGGUCCGCCUGAGAUCACCAGGACUCACCGGAACCGAUCAGGAUCGGGAGCCCCGCGGUGGGAACGGCCAGUGAUGGAGAGGAAGAGGACGGACUGUCCGGCUCUGCCGCCCGGCUGGAAGAAGGAGGAAGUGAUCAGGAAGUCCGGACUGAGCGCCGGAAAGAGCGACGUCUACUACUACAGUCCGACAGGGAAGAAGUUCCGAAGUAAGCCUCAGCUGUCCCGUUACCUUGGAAACACCGUGGACCUGGCAUGUUUCGACUUCCGCACAGGGAAGAUGAUGCCCGGAAAACUGCAGAAGAACAAGCAGAGAUUCCGACACGACGCGCACAGCCUGGCUAAGGGAGGCAAACCGGACCUGAACACAGCUUUGCCCAUCAGGCAGACAGCGUCCAUCUUCAAACAACCCGUUACCAAGGUUACAAGUCACCCUGGAAACAAGGUGAAGACAGAUCUGCAGAGAGCCAUCGAGCAGCCCCGACAGCUGUUCUGGGAGAAGCGGCUGAAAGGUCUGCGGUCGUCGGACGUCACAGAGCAGGUCCUUCGUACGAUGGAUCUACCCAAAGGCCUGCAGGGUGUCGGUCCAGACUCCAGCGACGAUGUUCUGCUUUCAGCCAUCGCCAGCGCUCUGCACAUGAGCUCGGCCCCGAUCACAGGCCAGACGUCCGUGGCUGCUGAGAAGAACCCGGCUAUUUGGCUGAACACGUCGCAGCCACUCUGCAAGGCCUUCACAGUGACAGACGAGCAGAUCCGAGCCUAUCUGUCCACCAGCCUCAGGGUUAUCUCCAUCUUCAUCCAAAUCAAGACUGCACACCUAGAACUCCCCACAGACCCAAAAUCAACCAGCAUCGACCUGCUUCACCCAACCUUCCUGCUCAGCAAACCGUUUCCACGCCGGACAUCCGCCUGAUCCGGAGCAGCUCAGACUGCAGUAAGAGGAUCCACUGCAGGAACACUGAGAGCUGCAGCAGCAACCAAAGCCUUCAACCAGCAUUCAUCUUUUCUACUGACGCACCUCCUGAUGCCAUCAGUCUUCUUCUCAUCAGACGGACGGCAUGAUGAAUGAAGUGAAGAGCAGCUCCAGCAUUAGAACCAAAGCUGAAAACUGCAGGACAGCUUGUGCUAACUGCUAAACUGAUUAUUGGAGGCAGAUGUCAUCAGCUUGAAGUCUUCAGGGUGUAAUAAUUAUGAGAAUUUACAUAUUAAACAGAAUAAUUACUUAUUUAAAACAAAUUUUAUACCUUCAGAGAACUUUAGUGUACAUUUCUUCGACUGGAGAAAAUAAAAAGAUUAUAUUCAA